AAUUCCCAUCUACUCUGCCGACCGCCCGGUUGCUAUUUGAAUUGAACUGAAUCCACAACCCGAUUCUUUCCAAACCCUAAUGUCAUUGAUUCCCCAAAAUUCAAUGGAUCUACUCAUCCACCGCCAGAUUUAGGGUUUAAGAUUUCUUCUUCUUCAAUCUUUUUGCGUCAAUUUCCCCCAAUUUCUUCGAUUUCCAAACAUAUUACGGCUACAAGCUCGAUAAUUACCCCAAUUUUGGCGUUCAAUACAAGUUCCAGUGUUUGUACAAUUCUGCCAGCCGCUGAAUCAUGACUGAGUAUUGGGUUAGCCAAGGUAACAAAUGGUGCGACUUCUGCAAAAUAUUUAUUUCAAAUAAUCCUUCAACAAUCCGAAAUCAUGAGCUCGGCCAACGUCAUAAGGACAAUGUUGCCAAAAAGCUUGCGAACAUGAGAAAAGAGAAUGCUGCCAAGGACAAAGAACAAAAGGAAGCAGUACGUGCCAUUGAGCAGAUUGAGGCAAAAGCCAAUCGUAGUUAUCAGAAGGACAUAGCAAAUUUGCGGGAAGCUAAAGAUUCUCAUGCACUUCCUGUUAAUGUUCAAGAAAAUGGUGAAGAGGAAUGGGAGCUUGACAGCACUUCAGGCUAUUAUUAUAACGAAAGCAACGGUUUUUACUAUGAUUCAAGUUCAGGCUUCUACUACUCCGAUGCCAUUGGCAAGUGGGUAACACAGGAAGAGGCACAUUCUUCGCCUCAAUACUUUUUGAACUCCAAACAUAAGAAACCAGUUUUAGCGAAGCCAUCAUCAGCCUCCGCCAGUGCAGCUAUAAAAGACAAAAAUGUGGAUAAAGGGGAAAGUGGGCCUCCGCCUGGGUUAGUUGUUUCAGCUUCUUUAAACCCGAAGCGAUCCGUUAAAGGUGCUCCUUCAUCAGUUGCUGUUGGUAAGAGGAAGAGGCCAGAUGAGAAGCAAAAGGCUAUAUCUGAAGAAGAAAAGGCUGCACUCAAAGCAAGGGAGGCUGCGAAGAAGAGGGUUGAACAAAGAGAGAAGCCACUCCUCGGCCUUUACAAAUUGCCUUGAAAUUGGCUGUUGCUCUCAAGUAAAUUUCUCUACCAUCUCAAGUUUGCAACAUCCACCCUUCAACCUGUAAACUGAUUUGUCUCUUUAUGAUUAUAUAGUUUGCUUGAUAUGAGCUGGAAGAGUAUUACUUUAUGGAACUUCCCAAAGCUUUACAAGUUCUCUAUCACCCUGUUAUUGUUAUAAUCUUGCUCUGCUUUAUUGUGGGGUUUACAUGACAUUCAUCACCAGGAGUAUAUGGGGCGGAUAUAGUCUAAGUACUUUUUCCAUCCAUGUGUGCUUGGUUACUGAAAAGGCGAGAAACAUUUGAGGGAAGAACAUCGGUAGGCAAUCAACUCGCGUGCAUGAAGCGAUCUUCCUUUUUCUGUGGAUCUGUUUGGUUACAGUUACAAUUGAGCAGAAUCCUACAUUGUCGAAGGCUAUGUGAAGGGAAACUUUCUAGUAUCGGGUACGACAUUAUCUCCCUGUUCAGAAACCAAAGCUUAGACAAGGUGACAUUGCAGUUAAAAGAGGAAAACAGAAGAUACUACUUACAUAUAUUGUAUUUUGGAGAAGUAACAUUUGUCAUUAAUAAUUCAGCCCUUGCCUGGUUUUUCUUUCUAUUCACAGGAUAAUUGAGAGCAUGAAUCCUAAGACGAACUUAUUUUUUGUCAGCCCAUCCAACACAAAAGGACUUCAACUGGUUUGUGCUGACUUGUUGCAUCUAAUGUCAGUCAUUAACCCCUUGUUUUAUUUCUGCAUUUUUCAUUUCUUUUAUAGCAAACUUCAUGCCUUGAAUUUAAGCUUUGCUUGUGUUGUAAUUUACAAGUGAUUCUCUCAUGCUUUAUCUUUCAUACUAAUUCUCAUUCAGGUAGCAAUUAAAGCAUCAUGAUUGACCAACUAGUUGAGGAGAUCAAAUUCUGAAUAAGAAUCUUUAUUGCUAUUCAGUUGAUGUGAAUGUCUAGAAUUUUUUAAGGGUUAAAGUUGUUAUACUUUUGGUUUAUUUUGCUUCAAUAUGUUCAUUUUAUUUUUGGAUAAUUUAUUUUUUACUUUUUUCAAUAUAACUCUUGCACUUUCAAAAUGUCCAUUUUUGGUCCUCUGCCUUAAAAAUUAAAAUAAAGUGGGUUCAAAAUCUUAUUUUAGUUUUUUUAACUUUGAAUUUGGUUAUAUUUUGAUUCCUAAACUUUAGAAAAUGUUCGUUUAGCCCCUAAACUUUUAAAAAGUGUUUAUUUUGAGCCCUACUAUUAAAAUUAUGUUAACUCUUCAAAAGAAGUGUGAGGGAGCUUGUAUUUUUGCAUGACUAGGUUCUAGAUGUAUUGAGGAAGAUGAAGAUGAAGUAAAUUGUCAACAACUAACACUCAAAAUAUUGAGUGACCAAAAUUUUGAACUAAAAAAGUGUUUUAAAUUCUCUCAUUUUGUUAAAAAAGUUGUUAAAAAAACAAUCAUUUUGUUAAAAGAAGUGUUUUAAAUUCUCACCAUUUUGUUAAAAAAGUUGUAUAUAUCACAGUCCAAAAUAAGUACUUUUUAAAAGUUCAAGGAUUAAAACGAUCAUUUUUAAAAAUUUAGUGAUCAAAAUAAAAUAAUAUUUAAAAUUUAAGAAUUAAAACGAUCACUUUUAAAAGUUCAAAAAUCAAAGUAAGAUUUAAAUCGAUCAUUUUUAUCUUACAUUUUUAGUUUGGCUUCAUUUUUUUCCUUUCAAAAUUUUAGCCCAACAUAUCCUAUGAAAUUGUUAGAAUGCAAUCAUAAAUUAUAAUAAAGAGUUUUCAUUGUGUAAUUUUAAAGUUAAAAUUUCAUAAAUAGAUGUUCUGAAAGCCUAGUGUUGAAGAUUUUGAAAGUAUAGUGGCUAAGCUGUAAACUUAUGGUCUAAAUAGUAUUUAAACCAAUUUUCUUUAACGACCAACUGUAAAAUUGAAAUGAUGGGAAUAGAAGCCUUCAUGAAUUGGGUUUGAGUUCAAUUGUUUGGAAUACACAUUUGUGCAAUUUUAUAUUAUUCUUUUCUUACACACAUAUAUGCAUAUUUUCCUACCUAAAUUAUGCUUUUUAAAUAAAAUAUAUGAAAUAUUUAUUUCAAAUUUGAUUUCUUACCCAUAAAAUUAUGAUUAUCCUAACCACUUAAUGUGCAUGGGCUGCAAUAGAAAUAAUGAAAAAACAUAGAGACCUAAAUAUAACGAUUAUGUUAUAUUAAUGUCUUAAACAUUUCAUUUUUUUUAACAAGAAAGGUCUAUUGAACUUUGUUUUUAAGACACAAAUAUAUAUAUAUAUAAAUAAAAGAUUCUCUCUCUCCCAUGCAUGUAUUCUCUCUCUCCAAUAAUACAUUUCAUAUUAUUCUCUCCUCUAUGAUUUACGUUCAUUUCUUCCUCCUUCCUCUCUUUUCUUCUUUCCCCUCCCUCUCUUUUCUCAUUUUUGGUGUUGAGAGUUGCAUGCGGGAGACGAUGGUGUGGGGCGAGCAAAUCCGACGAUGAGAGACGACUGAUAUGGGACGAAUUGACGACACGGACAACGUGGGGCGAACAGAUUUGGUCGACGACACGGUGGAACAUGCAAAUUCGAUCGACGGCAAUGAGGCAAGUAGAUCUAGUCAACAACAUGGGAAGAGAGAUUCGUGGCGGCUAUGGCUAAAGAAGAAGGGAUGAAGAUGGAGGGUUAUGUGUUAUAAACCCCUAUAUGAAGAUGGAGAGAUGAGGAUGGACUUUGUUCGUACCGCCUAUAUAGAUCUACUGCACCAAGAUCGAGGAGAACUUUUCUUUUUCUUUUAAACCCUAAAUAUAUAUGUUAUAAACCCCCAAGUCAAUAUGCAUUUCUUUAUUUGAUAUAUGUGAAUUAUAAACUGUGGGAUGUAUCUUUGUUUAUUUGAUAUAUACUAUGAUUUAUGUUGAA